CCGUUACAAAGUGUUUUCAACUAUGUUUUAUAGACAAAAUCUCAUCACUCUCUCCGUCUCUCCCCUCCAUCUUCCAUGAUCACAUAUGAUUCAUGAACGUAUUGGUUAGAAUAAUAUAUGUCUCACGUCCAUGAAUCAUAUGUGAACAUAAGUCCGAUGAUACCCGAGCAAGUGAUUUGUGCAUAGACAUAUUGCCGCUAGACUAGGCAGGGUAUUGGCCGCUCUGUGUAUAAAAGUGAAAUGCGGGAGAUCACUCUGGGUGGUAUAGCUAUCUUUGUUUGACACACGCUCGCGCAAGCGCCACUGUAGAGCUUUAUGAGAGCUCUGCGUUUUAUCUAUUUUGCCAGGAUACCUAAUCUAGUCGUAUUUUGUCUACGAAGAUUUGACGCUCAGAGACUUUGGGAAUGGCAUUCUUCGAUUGGGGUAUGAGUGCGGCAUGAUUAGCAGUUUGUUUACUUUUAAUUUAAACCCAGUUAGUGCUAAUAACAGGACUAUUUUGCAAUGGCUUCCACCAGACCAUUGACAGAUAGAGAACUCCAGGAGGAAAUUGACAAUAUGAGUGACAUGAAUGAUUCUGAUUUCGAUAGUGACGACAGUAUAGCAGAUGAAACAUUCACCUGCAAUUUUGGAUCAGAAAGUGAUGACAGUAGCGAUAGUAAUGGAUCUUCUCCAGUGGCGUCCGAUGAAGAUAUAGCCAAUAAUAUUCCAAAUCCCAAUAAUCUCACUAUUCCGUGGUCAAGUACAGUCAAGAUGUUGCAGCGACAUCAGUUUACUGGAAAAUCAGGGCUUCUGAAAAACAUUAUAUGCUUUGAUGGUUCUGAUGAAGAAAUAAUUGAAGAUCUUCUUGAAGUAGCUAAAACAACAACCCAGACUGAACCAUCCACUGGUGAGCACUUCAUGUCAAAAAUACCAAGAAAGGACGACGGUAAAAUUAUAAGAAAAAGAUGCCAUGAAUGCUACAGAAAAAACCAAAGCGAACAUGGAACCCAGUUUGCUACCAAAAAAACUAAGCAAGUAGAUACUUACUGUUCCAUAUGUAAUAAGCCAUUUUGUCUAUCUUGUUUUGCUGUAACGCAUAAAAAUAAAAACCAGAAAUGAACUAAUCAUUUUUAUGUUGUAUUUUCAGAAUCAUGUUCCUUUGUUUUGUAAGCUAAACCUCUAAUAAAGUUGUAAAUAAAAGACUUUUGGAAUCAUUUUUUCGAACAUAAAAAAUUCGUCUUCGAACCAUAUAUGAUGCGCCCUGGAAAAAAAAUUUCAAACUCAAUAUCUUCUUAAUACGUCCAUGCAAUAAACAGCUGCUUAAAUAUAACGUCCAAUUUUUAACUUAUCAUAAGGCAAAGCAAGUACAAUGCAUCAUAUACGAUUCAAGGGCGUGUAGACAAACACGUCUAAUGAUAUGACAUAUGAUUCAUGGACAGUUAACGUGUUAACAAUUUCAUUUUAAUUAAAUAAAGUCCCUAUUAUGUUAUUUGAGCCAUAUGCAUUUUGUUCGGAGUUGUGAAAUAUAACAAUGUAAGUACACAAAGCUGUAAUACCUAUGUUUGUAAAUACUAUAAGACAAACUCCACAUCAAAACUGUUCAUCUUUUAAUGUGAUCCAAGUCAUUAGCCAGGCUUCUGGCAGAUCCUGAGGAAGAUCAGAAAUGCAGCGGUCUCAUUUUAGGAAUGCAAUAUUUGAAGAUCGUACCUGUUUGUAUCUCCACAUUACUUUUUGAACAGUGGAGCACCACCAAAAGUUCAACAACUGCCGUUGUCAACCCCUGAGGUCCUGAGAAUUAUCAGAAGCUCAGAGAUUACUUCUGAUCUAACUAAAAAGGCUCAGCUCUGAAGGAUAUUUGCAGAACAUAACAUUUGUAAGUUUUUAUAUGACUCGGUAACUAGUGAUGAUUUAUACUGCUUUUUGUCCAAGUUAGUUUUCAUACCUCGUUUUGAAUCAGCUAUUGUCAGAGCAGUAGAGCUGAUAUGUAAAGCUCACUAUAAUUUUAAUGAAAUCAAAGCGAAGUAUUGUUAUUGAACAAUAACAUGGGUGCCCUCAGGGGGGCUGUGGUAACAGUUAUCUCUUGAUGAUGAUCAGCACAUCCAAGAAAAAUUCCUGUGGGUACCCAUCGACAAUCAUAUUAUUCUAAUAAAAAAAGAAAUCUGAAUUGUAGUGACAUAUCAACACAAUUCAAUUUUUUUCUAUUUUUUUUUUAUGCAGGUGCCAUCAAAGGCUGGGGAAUGCAAACACCUGGACCAUAAUGAUGUAAAUACUUAUUUGUUU